GAGUGCCCUGCGAGCGGGCUGCCCCCUUCCGGCCGGGGCAGAUGCACUAGGGCGGGCGCCACCAUGUCCAUGCUGCCCACCUUCGGCUUCACGCAGGAGCAAGUGGCGUGCGUGUGCGAAGUGCUCCAGCAGGGGGGCAACAUCGAGAGGCUGGGCCGCUUCCUGUGGUCGCUGCCGGCCUGCGAGCACCUCCACAAGAACGAGAGCGUCCUCAAGGCCAAGGCCGUGGUGGCCUUCCACCGGGGCAACUUCCGCGAGCUCUACAAGAUCCUGGAGAGCCACCAGUUCUCGGCGCACAACCACCCCAAGCUGCAGCAGCUCUGGCUCAAAGCGCACUACAUCGAAGCCGAGAAGCUGCGGGGGCGACCCCUAGGGGCCGUCGGCAAGUACCGGGUCCGCCGCAAGUUCCCCCUGCCCCGCUCCAUCUGGGACGGCGAGGAGACCAGCUACUGCUUCAAGGAGAAGAGCCGCAGCGUGCUGCGCGAAUGGUACGCCCACAACCCCUACCCAUCCCCCCGCGAGAAGAGGGAGCUGGCCGAGGCCACCGGCCUCACCACCACCCAAGUCAGCAACUGGUUCAAGAACCGCCGGCAGCGCGACCGGGCGGCGGAGGCCAAGGAAAGGUACGAGGAGAACAACGAAAAUUCCAGCUCUAAUGGCCACAACCCGCUUUCCUCUUCCUUGAACGGCAACAAGGCGGUUUUGGGCAGCUCAGAAGACGAGAAAACGCCCUCCGGGACGCCGGAUCACUCUUCCUCCAGCCCGGCCUUGCUGCUCAAUUCGAACCCAAGCCUACAGCCGCUCCACGGCUUGGGUCACCCUCAGGGUCCCAGCGCCAUUCCAGUCCCCAGCGCGGACCCUCUGCACCACCACAGCUUGCAAGACUCCAUCCUCAACUCCAUGUCCUCCAACCUGGUCGAUCUGGGCUCCUAAGACCCUCGUGGGCCCCGCCCGCGGCCCCGGAGCCCCAACCUG